AUCUGUUUUUGAGUUUUACUGAAAUUAGGUUCAAAUUUAAAAGAUGGAAAGCUCGCAUAUUAUUUUGCAAAAGCAUUUAGGAAAGAUGGAAAACGCCUGCAUUAAAUCAUUUUAAUGAAAGAAGUAAUAAAUUAUAGUAUGGAAAUGGAGCUAUAUCUCAUAUCUCGAAAGGAUCCCCAAUGCUUUAAAACGCAGUUGCCGUGUGUUAUUAUUUUUAUGUUUAUGAAAAGAUAAUUCCUGAGGGCGGUGACUUUAAACAGUCAGAAAUCUUAUAAAUAGUAGUGUUGAAUUUGAACAAUGCGGUUUUUAUUAAAUUGAAGUGAUAAGUGAAGAUUACAUUUUUGAACAUUCAUCAAUAAAUCUCCACAAUGUCUGGUUCAGCAGCCAGCGGUAACAGCAAUGCGGGAGCAAGCACAUCACUCGCAGCACUGGGCGGCCUCGGGGGCUCUCUAGAGGACAAGGAUUGCGACCUUCUGUGUCCAGUCUGCUUUGAGUUGAUAGACGAGGCCUACGUCACCCGCUGCGGGCAUUCCUUCUGCUACGCCUGCAUAGCCAAAUCUGUCGAAAUUCAUCGACGAUGUCCAAAAUGCGGUGCGCAGUUGACGGGAAGAGAUCAUUACUUCCCCAACUUUUUGCUCAACGAAUUAGUUGCUAGACGUCGUUUGAGGACUAAAACGCCCGCCUCUGCGCCCCUUCCGUCUCCUGGUGACACUGAUAGACUGAGGUCGCUGCUGGCUGCAGAGGCGAGGCACCUGCCGCUGUCUGAUGUGGACGGGAUGCUGGAUGUGCUGACGAGACGGAAGAGGCUGCUGGAAGCGGAGUCGGCCGCCGCGCAUCACAGGCUCUUGUACGAGUUCCUGGCGCAGCUGCUGAGGCACCGCACGCACCAGCUGGAGCAGCUGUCUCGAGAGGCGGCCCUUGUCCGAAAGGAUAUGGAGCACGUGGCCGGAGUGUUGGGCGAGCUGAAGGCAGGAGUGGGGGACGUGGUGCUGCCAUCGCCGGCGGAGGCCGCGGGGGCAGCGGGGGCAGCGGGGGCCUCGGGGGCAGCGGGGGGCCUCAAGAGGGACAUCAGCGAGCUGGCGGACACGUCGCCGGAUUAA